GCGGUCGUACUUGGCGCGAAGGCUUCAAAAUUGCUCGAAAAUCGUCGAAGGAGGUGCGAAGGGCUGGAAGAGCGAUGGAAAUCGGGGGUGCGGCAAUGCAGAGGAUGGGCACUGCCGGGGGGCCCGGGCCCCUUAGCCUUCAGGGCCCCCCAAGGUCAGUGAAAAUCUCACCCGUUAACAUACAGGACGAGUCUGGUGACCUCACUGCUCAAAAAAGCACAAGUUCGCAUUGUGUGGGAUGUGGGGGACGAAUUCAUGACCAAUGGAUUCUGCGGGUUGCACCGAACUUGGAAUGGCAUGCGGCUUGUUUGAAGUGCGCGGAGUGCCAGCAAUUUUUGGACGAGCACUGCACCUGCUUCGUACGGGACGGAAAAACCUAUUGCAAACGAGAUUACGCAAGAUUGUUCGGGACGAAGUGCGACAUGUGCAGCGAGUGCUUCAGCAAGGACGAUUAUGUGAUGAGGGCAAAGAGCAAGAUUUAUCACAUAAAGUGCUUCCGAUGUUCAGCGUGCAUGAGGCAGUUAGUACCUGGCGACGAAUUUGCCUUGAGACAGGACGGUCUUUUCUGCAGACACGAUCACGACGUUCUCGAGGGUGGAAAGCUUUGCUCUGGGGCUGGUGGUGCUGCUGGCAACGAGAAUAAUAACAACGCAUCCCUUAUGAAUAACAAUCACCAUUUGCAUCCCAAUGAUGGCUCGAUAUCAGAUUCCGGGUCUGAGAGCGGAUCGCACAAAGCGAGCGUGGGUGGUAACCGCGGAUCAGGCAGCCAUAAAAGCAGCGGCGGUUCCGAUGGUAAGCCAACCAGGGUCCGUACAGUUCUGAACGAGAAGCAACUUCACACUCUGAGAACUUGUUACGCGGCGAAUCCGCGGCCAGACGCGCUGAUGAAGGAACAGUUGGUGGAGAUGACGGGCCUUAGUCCGCGGGUGAUUAGGGUAUGGUUUCAGAAUAAACGUUGCAAGGACAAGAAAAAAACGAUUGCUAUGAAACAGCAAAUGCAAGAGAAGGACGGCCGUAAAUUAGGCUUCGGUGGAAUGCACGGCAUUCCCAUGGUGGCCAGUAGUCCCGUGAGACACGAGAGUUCCAUAGGAAUGACGCCACUCGAGGUGCAAGCUUAUCAACCACCGUGGAAAGCACUUUCGGACUUCGCUCUCCACACUGAUUUAGACAGGCUAGAUCCCAAUACCCCAUCUUUCCAUCAUUUGGUAUCACAGAUGCACGGUUACGAUCUUCACGGUGGACCACCUCAAUUGCCGCCACCGGGGAUGCUCGGUGGACCAAUGAACGACGGGGGAGGCGGCGGGGGUGGGGGUCCCCUGCCACCCCCUGGGCCCCAUCACCCCGGCGGCGGCGGUCCUGACAUGGGACAGCAUCCUGACAGCACAGAUAGCUACGUAACUUACCUCGAAAGUGACAGUGACUCCCUUCACCACGAUACAGGAAGUCCAUAG